UUUUAUUAUUUUAUUGUAUUCUUUAUUUUUUUCGUAGUUGCAUUUGGUUAUUUAUUGGAGCUACUCUACAACAUGCUGCCCAGGCCCGCAGAAAUGCUGGCUCCGGCAGUGACUUCUGGUGCUCCUCUUCUCCGCUGGUUCAUAAAACUGCAGCGACGUAAUUUGCUUAAUGACAAAAUAAAUGUUCACUAAACUGUUUACAUGUCAAUGGCCACAUGGGGGCCUCCGUGUCCUCUCUACCGCCUCCAACCUCUCUCUCCUCAUUUCAAGCCUUUGCCAAAUUCCCUCCCUCCUCCUCUGCCUGGCAGUAGUCCCUCUCAGGCCGAGUAGGGGAGCAUUCACACCCCGCUGUCGGUGUUUAGCGGAUGGGGCUCUCAGCCUGAGCCGGAGGGAGGAGGAGGAGGAGAAAGAUGACCGGUAUCCCGUGUCCCCGCAGGCUGGCCCGGCGCUCCAAGUCCGCCCUGUUGAUCGCCGCCUUGGCCGUGCUGCUGGUCCAGACCCUCAUCGUGUGGAACUUCAGCAGCCUGGACUCCGCAGGCGGCGGGGACGGAGGCGCCAGGAGCCGGGAGAAGAGAGAGGAGCGAGCCGGGGGGCUCAACAAAGCAGACAAGGAGCACCAGCGGAGGGGGCUGCAAAAGAAGGGCGACCCGCCGCCGCUCGAGAAGGCGGCCGUACAGCACAAGCUGCAGGCGGAUGCCUACCAUUCCCACCGUCCCAAAGAGAAACUCCGCCUGGACAGCAACAACAACGAGAACUCGGUCCCUAAAGACUUUGACACCAUCGACAGCAACAGCAACCUGGGAGCCCGACGGCAGCGGUUUCCACUCGCUAACUCCAAGCGCAAGCUGGACAAGGCCCAAGCACAGAGCAUGCUGGGAAAACCUGCAAACGAGGUCCUCAAGUUCCCUCCGGUGCAACCCAGAGGGGUGGAGCCCCAUAACAAUCGCACCCACGUCCGUGAACCCCACCCCCAGGUUCCAACGGUCCCAAUACCGGUGCAGGGGUCCGAUCAGUUUCACACGGCGAAGAGGUCCUCUACGCUGCCAUCGCCCGGCGUGGUGGUGAAGAAGGAGCAGCCGCAGUGCGAGAUCAGCGGGAAGGAAGCCAUUUCUGCUCUGUCCCGGGCCAAGAGCCGCGAGUGUCGGCAGCAGAUAGUGGAGAUCUACUGCAAACACAAAAACAAAGCCCUGAUGCCGGAGAGAGUGCCUCGCUACUGCCCCAUAGAAGGCAAGGCCAAUGUGAACGUACAGUGGGACGAGGACCCCUCGGGGUCCGCCCAGCUGGUCCCGGCCCGGAUGGCCUUCGUCCUGGUGGUCCACGGCCGGUCCUCACGUCAGUUCCAGCGUCUCUUCAAAGCCAUCUACCACACCUCGCACUACUACUACAUCCAUGUGGACCAGAGGUCCAACUAUCUCUACAAAGAGGUCCUGUCUCUGGCCGGACAGUAUCCUAACGUCCGGGUGACUCCCUGGCGGAUGUCCACCAUCUGGGGCGGGGCCAGCCUGCUGACUAUGUACCUGCGCAGCAUGGAGGACCUUCUCAAAAUGUCCGACUGGUCCUGGGACUUCUUCAUCAACCUCAGCGCCGCAGACUACCCCAUCAGGACCAACGAGCUGCUGGUGGCGUUCCUGUCCAAGUAUCGCAACAUGAACUUCAUCAAAUCUCACGGCAGAGACAACGCACGAUUCAUUCGUAAGCAGGGUCUGGACCGUCUGUUCCUCGAGUGUGACACGCACAUGUGGCGUCUCGGGGACCGUAAGAUCCCAGAGGGCAUUGCGGUGGACGGAGGCUCUGAUUGGUUCCUGCUGAACCGGCCCUUCGUGGACUACGUGGUGAACUCCAGAGACGAGCUGGUCAGCAGCAUGAAGAGCUUCUACACCUACACACUGCUGCCUGCUGAGUCGUUUUUCCACACGGUUCUGGAGAACAGCGCCCACUGUGAGACGAUGGUGGACAACAACCUGAGGCUCACCAACUGGAACCGCAAGCUGGGAUGUAAAUGUCAGUACAAACACAUCGUGGACUGGUGCGGCUGCUCGCCCAACGACUUCAAGACCUCCGACCUGCCGCGCUUCCAGCAAGCGUCGAGACCCACCUUCUUCGCGAGGAAGUUUGAGGCCAGCGUGAGCCAGGAGAUCAUCAACCAGCUGGACUCCUACCUAUUUGGAUCUCACCCCUCGGGGACCCCGGGGCUCCAGGCCUACUGGGAAAACAUCUAUGAGCAUGAGACGGACGGCCCCGCCAGCCUAUCAGACUCCACGCUCAGCCACUACCACGCCUUCGCUCGUAUGGGACUGUCCCGCGCCGCCAGCUCGCUGCAGGGACACCCCAAUGACAACAGCUGCAGGUUCAUGUCCACGAGCCACCCCGUAUCCGUCCACCUCUACUUCCUGUCAGACAAGUUCCAGGGCUACCUGCUACGCCACGUGGCCACCAACCGAGCCUCCGCCCAGCUGGAGAGCCUGGAGACCUGGGUAACCUCCAAAGACCACUACACCCCCGCCAGCCCCCCCCAACCCAACAACAGGCUGCAGCACGUCCAGGUAGGGGCGGACUGGGACCCUAAGGAGCGUAUCUUCAGGAACUGGGGGGGUCUGCUGGGCCCCAGGGACGAGCCGGUUGCCGUGCAGCGCUGGAGCCGCAGCCAGAGCAACCUGACGGCCACCGUGGUGUGGAUCGACCCCACCAACGUCAUCGCCGCCACCUACGACAUCCUGGUGGACGCCUCCGCCGAGGUCACGCACUACCGGCCGCCCCUCAGCCCCCCGCUGAGGCCCGGCCUGUGGACCCUCAGGGUGCUGCACCACUGGAACCUGCUGGGCCAGACCAGCUUCAUCAUGGCCCCGCUCGAGUUCCACCGGCAGCAGCCCAUACAGCAAGAGGACACCCUGCGGCUGCACAGCGGCCCGCCCAAGAACUCCUACAUGGAGCAGAGCUUCCACGGCCUGAACCCCGUGCUGCGGCUGCCGGUGAGUCUGGGGGCAGUGGAGGAGGCGGAGGCCAACGCCGGCCUGACGGGGGCGCCGCUGCGUCGCUGGCUGGACCGCCUGCUGGAGGGCCACUGGUCGGCCGCGGACGUCUGCUCCAUGGGCCCCAGCGUGUGUCCCAUCAUGCAGCGCUGCAAGCUCACCCCCUGGAGCUCCGCCAGCCCCGACCCAAAGUCUGAGCUCAGCCCCCCCAGAGAGGACGGGAGGAUCAGGUAGCAGACGUACGGACUGAGGGAGGACACAAGGAACACAUGAAGGAAGACACACGUCCUGUCUGAUAUUUAUUUAUUUAAAAGUGUGUGCAACGUUACAGUGAAAUGGAUUAAUGAAACUCUGGAGGCAGCGACGGGUAGAAGAGAGGAAGCAUCUCCUUCAGUCCUCAGUCAGUCUGCUGCUCUCAUUGUUGCUUGGGACAUCAUGCUGUGUGCGAGUGUGUGGGUGUGAAUAAGUGUGUGUGGACGCGGUGUGUCAGAAGAACUCUAUACCUCCUGAUGUGAGCGUUUCCCUGGGGGAAGGUAGGCAGGUGUUACAUGUUCAGAUGCUGAAAUAUAAAACAGUUGGUCCUUGUAGACCAAUUCAUACUUUCUGUGUCCAUGAAGGUCCCGAGCCCCCUGGAAGAGCGCCUGGCUUUGAGCUCAUUUUUAUCUUGGCCAAGCGGUGGAAUUAUAACUUUCCUGUCUCAAGAUGACGUACAGCACACCUCUAGCUGGAAGAAACAGGAACAAAUGAGCAAGCAAUAGAAAUAUGUCAUAUUUAUUUUGUAUUAUUUAUUUGGUGCCAAAAUGACCAUUUAAUUCAAAAGUGUUCAAAACAAAGAACUGUCUGAAUCCUUCAGUCAGCCUAUUUUAUUGGACUUUACACACGUUUUAAAUCUGCUCCAUACUCACUGUAGAAACGGAUGUCACUUUCAAAGCGUGCAACUAAUAUACGAGUCAUUUAUUCAGAAGAGGGUUUAUAACAUUUUUAUAUAUAUAAGUCAGUGGCUAAUAUUUCAUAUGCUGGAAUUUGCUUUGACAAAAACAUCUGCUUUGCUUGGGCGGUGUCUAACGGUUACAACAUUUUGUAUAACUUGGUCUCAAUUUUGUUGUUGUUAUGUUAUAAUGAAAUGAUUGGAUGGAAAACAUGUAAUGAUAUACCUAUCAGCAGUAAACGGAGCACAAGUUAAGCCUUGGAAGGGAAUAUUGUUCUGUAUGUCUGAACACAGAGCAUAUAAAAUAAGUUAUGCAGAUAAAUAAGUUAGAUAAAUUGAUAAUUGAAUGUGAUAAGAAGAGAUUUGUUCCACAAUUAAUAUUCCUGUAUUCAGAAUAUCAGAUUGUAGUACUCUGGAAAGUUAAUGGGCAAAAGCAAAUUCUCGAAAGAUUUUUGGUUCCUUCCAUACUAAAAAAAAGAUAUACCCAUGCAUAAAGUAUUUCGCUGAGAGUUGAGUUUGAGUGUAGUGCAGGGGAGAGGAGACCACCGACACAGGUUUUGCACCUUUAGAGUUCCAUGCUGCUCUGUGAUGGACUAUGUGCCAAGACGGUAAAUAUUCAUAGGGUUGCACCAGUUAGGAUGAAGGUUACACUGUGUGGCUUUUAAGAGCAGUGACGCAUAAGAGGCUUAUGUAAACAACAACAGCUUUAAUAACGGUCUUUUAAAGACUUGGCUAAUAUUUUCAGUUUUAGUCAGAGACACUGAACAUAAACAAUACUGUUAGUGAAAACAAAUCUGAAAGGUUGGUUAUUACUGGAUUACAUGUCAGUUCAGUUGCAUUGGAUAGAGUUUGGAAUUGUAGCUACAUAAGAUUUUAUUUAUUAAUCUUCUGUUUUUUUAUGGAUUACACAAACUACGUUUAAAAGAAAUUCAGCUUUAGAUGAGCCAGGCUAGCCUUUCCCACUUGCUUUCAGUCUUUAUGAUAAGAUAAUCAUAUUUCUUUGUUAAUUUACAGCAAGAAAGGGAAUAAAUGUUCUCCUGAAAAUGUCCAAAUAUUACUUUUCAACCCCACCCUACAUAUGUUACUUGAGUUACCAAAUAACAACUAACAAAGCCUGAUACUCGCUGGUGCAAUCCAUCUUUUGUUUGAUACUAUAAAAACUGAUAUUUACAAUUUUUUGAUCAAUCAUUUCAAUGUGUGUAGUUGCCAUGUGACUAUUAUUGGGACCAAAACUGGAGAGGAGUGUUUUUGUUUUGUUUUAACCAUGAGAGUGAAGCUGAGAAUGAUUGUUGUUCUGUGACAGUCAGCACUUUACGUAUAGCAUAUAAUGGUCACAAAAAGGAUUGUGACUAUUAUAUAUAAAUUAUUAUUUGAAAUGGACGCCUGGUGCAGAUGUUACCAGAUGUUAUGUUUCAGCACAGUGUUGGUGGGUGUAGCCCUGAAAGAGCCAUCUUCUGUUAAAUAUAUCAGACAUGUACUGCCACUAGAUUAAGGGUUCAAAUGACAGCAACAGGUACGAUCUGGUUAUGUUUUAACCUUUGGAUUUCUGAAUUAGACUGAGGACAUUUCCCUUGUUGUGAAUCCUUUACUUUUAUUAUGUAAAAAGCAUAAUAUAAAAAAAAUAGGUUCACCUGUAAGGGAGAUUAUUAGGAAAGAUAAUAUGCGAGAAUGAGGGCAAGAGCACCAACAAAUAACUUAAAUUACUAAAUAAAAACAGUAUUUUGCUUAACAUUCAAGACGGUAGCCUAACUUUGAAAUAGUUCUUUAUGGUUUUGUGUCAACAAAAUACUAAGGUUUGUUCAUGAAAAACCCUAUUGCUGAAUUAAAUCUGUAUUUAUUUCGAUUCUGGGACAAAAGCUGUAAAAUAAAGCGGGCUCUUAUUUUGAAAUGUAGCAUGAGGGGUAUAUAGGUCUAAAGGAGAUGUUCACCACAAAGACGUGAAAAAACAAUCACCAGGUAGAAAACUCAUGACUAUUUUAUUUAGUAAACAUGUUUUUAGUUAAUCCGACAGUCAUUUGGUUUAAAUGUCGCAUCAUUCGAUUCACACAAAAUCUUCGGUUUUAAAUACAUUUCUUAUGGACAGAGUUUUCAGAAUUACUUUUUUGUAAAAUGUAAACAUUAUUUAUUAAUUAAAGGUGGGGUAGGUAAGUUUGAGA